AUUUAACAUUAAUUUCAGUUUCGAACUGCUCAUACCAGGAGGAAAACAUGAAUACACAAAGUCACGUUAAGGCGAUGGAUUUGUAUUCACCGUUACCAGACGCGCACAGAUAUUACGCUGCUACUUUAGGAAUCAACACAGAGUUUGGAUGUAACGUUAAUUCUAUCACUAACGGUCGUAUAAUGAAGUUAGUUAGACAAUCAUCGACUGUUGAGCCGUUACCAGGGAAUGGCGACUUUAAUGUAGGAUAUGGUGAUUCUUUGAAUAUACACAAUGUUGGAGAAUUCGGUGCGUAUAUAAACCGCCAGAACAGCGUUAACGAAGAAAGAGAAAAGGAACGCCUUAUGAAAAGCGAUGAAAGCUCUUUGUGUGUAGACCUUGAACAUUCACCGAAAUUACCUGCCGACGGACAAAGUCAAAAGGUAAAAGUAUUUAAUCCAGAUACGGAGGAAUACGCACUGAGUCUGAAGAAAGAUGAUGAACUUUACACAGAAAAACGGACCGAAGACAUGUCUGAGACAUGUAAUAACUCCCCGCAGUGUGGGGACGUAGAGUGCGGGAAGGAGACACAGAGGGAAGCCGUGUCUUCACGGAGGAGGACAUUGGGUCUUUUGUUUAUUGGUUUCCUUGUCGGCUGCCUGCUUACCUGUGCUGUUCUCAUACCGGUCCACAUUCAGAUUAUGCAGCAACGCUAUAUACCGCCUGAGCCUUCACCUCCGCUGUAUUUGGAAUCCCACAGUGACGAAUGGCCAACGUUUAUAGAGCUGACGCGACCAGCCGGCGACACGCGACCCCUGGCAAAGUUUCUACUAGACCAGGAGACGCUAUAUGGCCAUGGAACCAUCCGAUGGAAAGCUGCAUCCGAGACACUGAACUCCACCAUCACAGCCAGCGGGAACGAGUCCUGCGUCAUUGUACCGGAAGACGGUUUCUACUGCGUCCUCUCGCAGCUCACCUACGCCUUUACUGGAAGUACGAUGGCAAAACAGGUGGGACAUAGUCUGCUGGUGGUUCACGACGGGGCGGAGAACGUAGUCCAGAAGAAACUCAUAACCGUGCCCUUCCGGGACACGAGCCUCCCCCGGAACCAGAAGGUGCUGGAGCCCAGCAAUCUGCUCACGUACGUGCUGACUAAGGCCGGGGACAAGAUCUGCGUCAACGCCGAGCCCCCGGAGCUGCUGUACGUCGCCCCGCUUGAUAACGUCCUUAUCGUCGUGAAACAAUGACCACCUUAUGUCACGGUACCGAACAUAGCUGAUUCGCAGUGUGAGCGGCCCGAUUAGCUCACUGUGUAGAGCACGAGCCUUGAUAAGGGGAGGUCCCUAGUUCGAGUCCAGGAACACCUGAACACUUUUCACAAACCGCCGACAAUGGACGCCCAACGUUGGACCGUGGCACUUGCAGCUCCCCAUAGAACCUGCCCGUGGAUUCGUCGGCGUCAGUUAUACACUCUCACCGGUUAAUCGAAAUAACUCAUUGUUCUUUUCCGUAUGUACGAUCGUGCGUACGACCCUAAGCUUGUGUUUUCCACUCGAUGAAUCGCGCUCAAACUUUCACAUUUGAAUGCAGGGCUUACUCUGCCAUUCACCAAAUUAGCCAAUGGCUACAAAUUUACUUAUUUGGCUAAAAAAAUUCUAUUUGGCUACAACUUUUUCUUCAUUAAAACCAAAAAAUAGCCAAAAAUCAAAGAAUUUUGCCAUAGCAAGGCCAAUUUGGCUGAAGAAAUUGUUGAGCCGGGGGAAGCCCUGGAAUUACCUUUAAGUUGCGACCAGAACUAUGACCAUUCGUCUUAGCAUGGAAUUCAUUAUCACAUAUGUAUUUAUUGUGUUUACAUAUUUAAAUAUGUAGGAGAUGCACCGAUUGCAUUCACAACUCUAAGCUUAUGGCGCAUUGUAAUUAUCGUUCGGAAAAUGCGGGUAACUUAUGUUUCAAUGCAUGUAUAAAGUGACUUUCAUACAAUACAAUUGAACGUUUUUAAUUGUUAAUGUUAAUGAAUGUACAAAUAUUUCUCAUACGUUGUUAUGAGGAUGACGGUUGUCUAGUCAGCAUUAAAUGUCUUAAUAUGUAGAUCAUUUAUAGCUGUCUUUAAUAAAGUUAAUAAUGUACAUGUUAUUCGUUUGCUGUGAUAUUGGUUUGUAUUAAAUGGAGAGUGAGGGACAAACUAUAUAUUUACACACGGUGCUUACACGUUAAGUGACACAUAUAUGUGUAUACAUGUAUUCACGUGUAAUUUUAGAACGUAUGACAGUUUAAAGUGGACCAACUUAUCGAUGUUAUAUUGUGUUACUAAUGUUAAAUUAUCGAUGAAAUAUUGUGUUAUAAAUGUUAAAUUAUAAAUAAAGGUGUUUAUGGUG